ACAUGGUGCUUCUCACAUCUGUAAAAGCAGGUUCCCAGUGUAAUCCAGUGCUGGAGCUGGGGGAGAGAAAGAAGGACAGGCAUGGAGAAGGAGGACGUCAGCUUGGAUGAUGUGACGUGCUCUCUGUCUCUGCUCAUCAACCUCGGAAGGGUGCUUCUGGAGAAUGGAAAGCAAGAGGCUGAAGCCUCUGUACAGGAUUAUGUUCCCAAUAAAAUCACCACUUUGUUUGGCCUGAUGACUGCUGGUGCAGAUCUCUACAACAGCAUUGGAGUCACAACAAAGUCUGAAGCAGACGCUGUUUUGCAGAAGUUUUUCCACCAUGAGAGUGUCCGGGAUCGCAUGGAGGACCUACUGAAGUUGGAGACGGAGUGGGAUGAGUUUCUGGAGCGUCUGGAUGUAGACCUGCAGGCCACAGACAGACAGCUAAGCAGAGGGCCCACCGUGGACAGUCUGGGUGCAGACACACCCCUCACCGAUGCCAGGACUGGAGAGAGUGUGUCUCUGGGUAGGUACUUUGUGAAAGGAGAGAACCUGUUGCUGGUUCUGAUCCGACACCUUGGAUGACUUCCGUGACGAGACCACCUGGCACAGAUGGAGACCAAUCAGGAUCUCCUGGAUGCCGGGUCGGUGCGUGUUCUGGUGGUCUCCUUUGGCGCUCAAGAGGGGGCUAAGAUGUGGCUGGAACAGACAGGCUGCUCUUACGACAUGCUGCUGGACCCUGAGAGAAAGAUCUACAAAGCAUUCGGUUUGGGCUCCUCCUACGCCAAGGUGCUAAAGUUCAGCAGUCUGCUGCAGUGCGGAGAGUACCCGGCUGCAAAUCGGGGCUUCCCCGAGAUCCCUUUCCAUCUGUUGGGGGACCUCUACCAGAUGGGGGGCGACUUUGUUCUGGACCAGGGAGGGAAGGUGUUGCGGUCUCAUCCUUGUAUGACCCCCAGAGACAGACCAGCGCUGGGGGACUUGCUGCAGGAUAUUACUGGUACAGGCUCCUCCACCAUCUCUGGAUAAGCCCACAGGCCCUAGUCAAGCCCUUAGCCCUUGCAUUCACUAACCUAGCCUGGCUGGCCAAUCUCUGACCCAGCCCAACACCCAGCCUUUGAUUAACUUCACCUAGCCCAAUACCCAACCUCUUCCAUACCCUAACCUUGUCCAGCCACCAGCUGCUACUAACCUAACCCACCACCUUCCUCUAGGGCCAAGGGAGUGAUUUGAGGUCCAGGGUCCUUGUAGAUGACACUGACACCACAGAAGAAGAGCAGCCCUCAGUCUCCUGUAGAUGACGACACGCCUCACACUCAUGACGUCAUGAAGAGGCGAGGUCCGAUGAGAACUCCGGAGCUGAGGGCCGACCCGCUCUUCCUGCCGUGGUGUCAGGGUUGUGAUGUCACUUCCUGAACGGUAUACAUGUUUGCUGGGAGUAGACCUGAAGUGUAGAUUGAAAUUAACCUCUUGUAAUUCAUGUGAUUCAUAAAAAAAAUACUGU